AUGACAGGAAAGCGAAACUUCAACGUUACCAACAAAGUGGGCUCCUGGUCAAGGCUUGCUCAAGGACUAGUGCCUAACGGCGUGACUGGGAUGCGUGCCCCUGCUGGAUCGAAUAUUUUUUACAUGAAAUACAGCACGAAUCUUGAGAAUGCCGCGCAAAUGGUUGCGAAUAGCUGCUUACCUACCGGCUCUAAUGUGACCACUCGUCCUGGUUAUGGCGAAAAUGUCGCAACCAUCCCGCAAUACAGCGCUACGUCGCCCGAUGUCGCGGUUCAGCAGGCAAUCAAGCAAUUUUGGCAUGAAAUCUACAUGUACAGUGUCAACUCAAAGAUGAUAUUCACUGUCCCUCUUCUUAAUAAAGGAACUAUGGCACCGCUCAGAUUUACCCAAAUGGCAUGGGCUUCCACUUAUGAAGUUGGUUGUGGAGUUCAAACUUGUUCGGGCAAUUACCUUGUUGUGUGCCGCUACUAUCCA